AUGGCAAGUGGGUUAGAUUUGAAAGGCAGGAUGACAGACCUGUUAGGCACUUCUCUCUUCCAAAAUACAAGUAGGGAGAGGGAUCGAGAUGUACAAGAAACAACCAGAGCAGGUAUAGAGAGUGCUCAGCGAAUGUUGAGCAUUGUAUCACAGCAACAUCAGCGGCAUCAACAACAUCAGGUUGAACAAGAGUUCAGUUUGGCUGCUCAGGAGGCUUUGUUAAACUUCAAUAAGGUCAUAUCAAUUUUGAGCAGGACAGGCCAUGCUCGAGUCCGAAGGGGUCCUGUUCGAUCUCACUCUGUUGCGAGUUUGGGCACUGAAAACAUAUUUAUGGAUGGGUCGAAUUUCUUGCAGCUGGAUUCACCUAGUGCCCAUGCAUCUGCUUCAAUUUACUCCGCUUCUUCAUCUGAUUUCGCUCUUCCACAUGUCAAGCAGUGUCUACCAUAUCAAAGUUUGUCAUCGGCAGUUCUGCCUGCAGACACCAACAGGCAUCAGCAAAUGCAUUAUACACCGAUGCAGCUCCAACACAUAAAUCCACAAGCAGAAAUCUUUAGGAAUGCUUAUUUGAAAAUGGAAAACUCAAUCAGCUGCACACCCACACUUUAUUCGACAAAAUCAUUUAUUUCAUCAUUAAACAUGGAUGGCAGUGUUGCCAAUGACAAACAAAUGGUGCAGUAUCAGUCAAUUCACUCUGCUCAAGAGCGAGUACCCAGUACCUCUUCAAAGAGAAAAUGUUCUGGAAAUGAAAGUGGUAAAUGUGGAAGUACUGGAAGGUGCCACUGCUCAAAACGGAGGAAGCUAAGAGUUAAGCGAACCAUCAGAGUCCCUGCUAUCAGUAGCAAACUAGCAGACAUUCCACCAGAUGAAUUUUCCUGGAGGAAAUAUGGUCAGAAACCAAUCAAGGGCUCUCCACAUCCCAGUUUUUAAGAGUUAUGUCCUAUUCAUUCAUUAUGAAGAUAUACACCGUUAUAGCCCAGAAGAUUGUGGGCAUCAAAGGAAGAUCAAGUCAUGAGUCUGUAGAAGCUGUGCAGCCAGCUGGUAUCAAGUCUGUAUUUUAGAAGAUCAAGCUCUUGCUGGUCAAAGACAAAGGGAGACUGUGGAAAUCAAUUUAGGAGAUACAAAUCGUAGUUUUUUGUUAAGUCAAAGGAGAUUGCUGCUUAAAUUGUUUAUUUGCAGGUUAUAUUUAUAGAAAGUCUAGCCACCUAUGGAAGGUAUAGAUUGCAGAAUUUGUAGAGGAGUUCAUACCAUGAAAAGAGAUUGAUUGAGGGAAAGAUUACUUAUUUUUCCAAGACAUAGUUGAAGCGAACUGUAUGGAAAAAUCACACAUUUUUCCAAAAUUUGCCAAGGAGUUCAUAGCAUGGAAGGAACUACCAAUUUGGUAUUAUUGAAGCCUACCUAGUCACUACGGCAAUCAUUUACACGAUCAUUUGUAAUUUGUCUCUGUUAUUUUUUAAGUCAAUGCAUGCCCCUAACAAAGAUACGCAAUAAUGCAUUCAGGCAAGAUUACAUCUUCCCGGAAACAAGCCU